AUGUCUACAACUGGUGCCUCCCCAACUACAAUUGAGACUCCAAUGACUGAAUCUGGAGCUACUACAACUGCAAACAUUGCAACAACUCAAACAACAGCAGUGGUCACGAGCAAGCUGCUGUUCAACUCCUCAUCUCCAGUCCCCAGUGAAACUCUGGUCCUCAGUGCUCUCAACACUCUCCUGACAUCCAGACAGUCACAGCUCAAUGAAUCAGUGGAGGUGGCGAAUUUCACCUAUAAGAAAAUCUCAGAAACCGCCUAUGCCAUCAUCAUUACGUUUAAACUGAAUAACAUCAGCAUGUCUGAAGUCCCUGAGCUCAGAAACAGCACUUAUGUCCAAGUGCAAGAUGUCAUCAAUAAUGCACUGAACACUCUUCUGAAUGAACCGACCAGUCUACCAUUGAGAGCCAAUUCAUCCAACUUUGUGAGCUCUUCAAACCAGAUUAAUGGCAGUAUGGAAUACACCUUUCAGGAUGGAGAUGUCAUUCAACCAGUCAGCUACCUAAAGGAGCUUCAUUCACAGAUAGUGAUCACUACAACAGUGUCUCCAGAAUCAACAACUGGGUCCCCGCUGGCUCCUCCAAACCUAACAUCUGGUUCAGCAGUGGUCACAAGCAAGCUGUUGUUCAACUCCUCAUCUCCAGUCCCCAGUGAAUCUCUGGUCCUCAGUGCUAUCAACACUCUCCUGACAUCCAGACAAUCACAGCUGAAUGAAUCAGUGGAGUUGGCGAAUUUCACCUAUCAAAAAAUCUCAGAAACCUCCUAUGCUGUUGUCUUUACAUUCAGCCUGAUUAACAUCAGCAUGCCAGCAGAUUCUGAUGUCAGAGGCAACACCGACCAGAGAUUGCAGGAUAUUAUCAAUAAUGCGCUGAACGCUCUUCUGAAUGAACCUGGGAAACAUGUUUUUGAACCCAAGUCCUCCAACUUCACGAGAUCUUCUAACCAGAUUAAUGGCAAUAUGGAAUACACCUUUCAGGAUGGAGAUGCCAUUAAACCAGUCAGCUUCCUUAAUGAGCUUCGUUCACAGAUGGAACUGACCACUACAACAGUGUCUUCAGAUAAAAUAACCAGUGUCCCCUCAACUUCUCCAAGCCCAAUAUCUGGUUCAGCAGUGGUCACAAGCAAGCUGUUGUUCAACUCCUCAUCUCCAGUCCCCAGUGAAACUCUUGUCCUCAGUGCUAUCAACACUCUCCUGACAUCCAGACGGUCACAGCUCAAUGAAUCAGUGGAGGUGGCGAAUUUCACCUAUCAAAAAAUCUCAGAAACCUCCUAUGCUGUCGUCUUUACGUUUAAACUGAGGAACAUCAGCAUGUCUGAAGACCCUGAGCUCAGAAACAGCACUUAUGUCCAAGUGCAAGAUGUCAUUAAUAAUGCACUGAACACUCUUCUGAAUGAACCGACCAGCCCACCAUUGAGAGCCAAUUCAUUCAACUUUGUGAGCUCUUCAAACCAGAUUAAUGGCAGUAUGGAAUACACCUUUCAGGAUAGAGAUGUCAUUCAACCAGUCAGCUACCUAAAGGAGCUUCAUUCACAGAUAGCAAUCACUACUACAGUGUCUCCAGAAUCAACAACUGGGUCCUCUCUGGCUCCUCCAAACCUAACAUCUGGUUCAGCAGUGGUCACAAGCAAGCUGUUGUUCAACUCCUCAUCUCCAGUCCCCAGUGAAUCUCUGGUCCUCAGUGCUCUCAACACUCUCCUGACAUCCAGACAAUCACAGCUGAAUGAAUCAGUGGAGUUGGCGAAUUUCACCUAUCAAAAAAUCUCAGAAACCUCCUAUGCUGUUGUCUUUACAUUCAGCCUGAUUAACAUCAGCAUGCCAGCAGAUUCUGAUGUCAGAGGCAACACCGACCAGAGAUUGCAGGAUAUUAUCAAUAAUGCGCUGAACGCUCUUCUGAAUGAACCUGGGAAACAUGUUUUUGAACCCAAGUCCUCCAACUUCACGAGAUCUUCUAACCAGAUUAAUGGCAAUAUGGAAUACACCUUCCAGGAUGGAGAUGCCAUUCAACCAGUCAGCUUCCUUAAUGAGCUUCGUUCACAGAUGGAACUGACCACUACAACAGUGUCUUCAGAUAAAAUAACCAGUGUCCCCUCAACUUCUCCAAGCCCAAUAUCUGGUUCAUCAGUGGUCACAAGCAAGCUGUUGUUCAACUCCUCAUCUCCAGUCCCCAGUGAAACUCUGGUCCUCAGUGCUCUCAACACUCUCCUGACAUCCAGACAGUCACAGCUCAAUGAAUCAGUGGAGGUGGCGAAUUUCACCUAUCAAAAAAUCUCAGAAACCUCCUAUGCUGUCGUCUUUACGUUUAAACUAAGGAACAUCAGCAUGUCUGAAGACCCUGAGCUCAGAAACAGCACUUAUGUGCAAGUGCAAGAUGUCAUUAAUAAUGCACUGAACACUCUUCUGAAUGAACCGACCAGCCCACCAUUGAGAGCCAAUUCAUUCAACUUUGUGAGCUCUUCAAACCAGAUUAAUGGCAGUAUGGAAUACACCUUUCAGGAUAGAGAUGUCAUUCAACCAGUCAGCUACCUAAAGGAGCUUCAUUCACAGAUAGUGAUCACUACAACAGUGUCUCCAGAAUCAACAACUGGGUCCUCGCUGGCUCCUCCAAACCUAACAUCUGGUUCAGCAGUGGUCACGAGCAAGCUGUUGUUCAACUCCUCAUCUCCAGUCCCCAGUGAAACUCUGGUCCUCAGUGCUAUCAACACUCUCCUGACAUCCAGACGGUCACAGCUCAAUGAAUCAGUGGAGGUGGCGAAUUUCACCUAUCAGAAAAUCUCAGAAACCUCCUAUGCUGUUGUCUUUACAUUCAGCCUGAUUAACAUCAGCAUGCCAGCAGAUUCUGAUGUCAGAGGCAACACCGACCAGAGAUUGCAGGAUAUUAUCAAUAAUGCGCUGAACGCUCUUCUGAAUGAACCUGGGAAACAUGUUUUUGAACCCAAGUCCUCCAACUUCACGAGAUCUUCUAACCAGAUUAAUGGCAAUAUGGAAUACACCUUUCAGGAUGGAGAUGCCAUUAAACCAGUCAGCUUCCUAAAUGAGCUUCGUUCACAGAUGGAACUGACCACUACAACAGUGUCUUCAGAUAAAAUAACCAGUGUCCCCUCAACUUCUCCAAGCCCAAUAUCUGGUUCAGCAGUGGUCACAAGCAAGCUGUUGUUCAACUCCUCAUCUCCAGUCCCCAGUGAAACUCUUGUCCUCAGUGCUAUCAACACUCUCCUGACAUCCAGACGGUCACAGCUCAAUGAAUCAGUGGAGGUGGCGAAUUUCACCUAUCAAAAAAUCUCAGAAACCUCCUAUGCUGUCGUCUUCACGUUUAAACUGAGUAACAUCAGCAUGUCUGAAGACCCUGAGCUCAGAAACAGCACUUAUGUGCAAGUGCAAGAUGUCAUCAAUAAUGCACUGAACACUCUUCUGAAUGAACCGACCAGUCCACCAUUGAGAGCCAAUUCAUUCAACUUUGUGAGCUCUUCAAACCAGAUUAAUGGCAGUAUGGAAUACACCUUUCAGGAUAGAGAUGUCAUUCAACCAGUCAGCUACCUAAAGGAGCUUCAUUCACAGAUAGCAAUCACUACUACAGUGUCUCCAGAAUCAACAACUGGGUCCUCUCUGGCUCCUCCAAACCUAACAUCUGGUUCAGCAGUGGUCACAAGCAAGCUGCUGUUCAACUCCUCAUCUCCAGUCCCCAGUGAAACUCUUGUCCUCAGUGCUCUCAACACUCUCCUGACAUCCAGACAGUCACAGCUCAAUGAAUCAGUGGAGGUGGCGAAUUUCACCUAUCAAAAAAUCUCAGAAACCUCCUAUGCUGUCGUCUUCACGUUUAAACUGAGUAACAUCAGCAUGUCUGAAGACCCUGAGCUCAGAAACAGCACUUAUGUGCAAGUGCAAGAUGUCAUCAAUAAUGCACUGAACACUCUUCUGAAUGAACCGACCAGUCUACCAUUGAAAGCCAAUUCAUCCAACUUUGUGAGCUCUUCAAACAAGAUUAAUGGCAGUAUGGAAUACACCUUUCAGGAUAGAGAUGUCAUUCAACCAGUCAGCUACCUAAAGGAGCUUCAUUCACAGAUAGUGAUCACUACAACAGUGUCUCCAGAAUCAACAACUGGGUCCUCUCUGGCUCCUCCAAACCUAACAUCUGGUUCAGCAGUGGUCACAAGCAAGCUGCUGUUCAACUCCUCAUCUCCAGUCCCCAGUGAAACUCUUGUCCUCAGUGCUCUCAACACUCUCCUGUCAUCCAGACAGUCACAGCUCAAUGAAUCAGUGGAGGUGGCGAAUUUCACCUAUCAGAAAAUAUCAGAAACCGCCUAUGCCAUCAUCAUUACGUUUAAACUGAAUAACAUCAGCAUGUCUGAAGUCCCUGAGCUGAGAAACAGCACUUAUGUGCAAGUGCAAGAUGUCAUCAAUAAUGCACUGAACACUCUUCUGAAUGAACCGACCAGUCUACCAUUGAGAGCCAAUUCAUCCAACUUUGUGAGCUCUUCAAACCAGAUUAACGGCAGUAUGGAAUACACCUUCCAGAAUGGAGAUGCUAUUCAACCAGUCAGCUUCCUAAAUGAGCUUCAUUCACAAUUGGCGAUCACUACAACAGUGUCUCCAGAAUCAACAACUGGGUCCUCUCUGGCUCCUCCAAAACUAAUAUCUGGUUCAGCAGUGGUCACAAGCAAGCUGCUGUUCAACUCCUCAUCUCCAGUCCCCAGUGAAACUCUUGUCCUCAGUGCUCUCAACACUCUCCUGACAUCCAGACAGUCACAGCUCAAUGAAUCAGUGGAGGUGGCGAAUUUCACCUAUCAGAAAAUCUCAGAAACCGCCUAUGCCAUCAUCAUUACGUUUAAACUGAAUAACAUCAGCAUGUCUGAAGUCCCUGAGCUCAGAAACAGCACUUAUGUGCAAGUGCAAGAUGUCAUCAAUAAUGCACUGAACACUCUUCUGAAUGAACCGACCAGUCUACCAUUGAGAGCCAAUUCAUCCAACUUUGUGAGCUCUUCAAACCAUAUUAACGGCAGUAUGGAAUACACCUUCCAGAAUGGAGAUGCCAUUCAACCAGUCAGCUUCCUAAAUGAGCUUCAUUCACAAUUGGCGAUCACUACAACAGUGUCUUCAGAAUCAACAACUGGGUCCUCUCUGGCUCCUCCAAAACUAAUAUCUGGUUCAGCAGUGGUCACAAGCAAGCUGCUGUUCAACUCCUCAUCUCCAGUCCCCAGUGAAACUCUUGUCCUCAGUGCUCUCAAAUCUCUCCUGACAUCCAGACAGUCACAGCUCAAUGAAUCAGUGGAGGUGGCGAAUUUCACCUAUCAGAAAAUCUCAGAAACCUCCUAUGCUGUCGUCUUUACGUUUAAACUGAGUAACAUCAGCAUGUCUGAAGUCCCUGAGCUCAGAAACAGCACUUAUGUGCAAGUGCAAGAUGUCAUCAAUAAUGCACUGAACACUCUUCUGAAUGAACCGACCAGUCUACCAUUGAGAGCCAAUUCAUCCAACUUUGUGAGCUCUUCAAACCAUAUUAACGGCAGUAUGGAAUACACCUUCCAGAAUGGAGAUGCCAUUCAACCAGUCAGCUUCCUAAAUGAGCUUCAUUCACUAUUGGUGAUCACUACAACAGUGUCUCCAGAAUCAACAACUGGGUCCUCUCUGGCUCCUCCAAAACUAAUAUCUGGUUCAGCAGUGGUCACAAGCAAGCUGCUGUUCAACUCCUCAUCUCCAGUCCCCAGUGAAACUCUUGUCCUCAGUGCUCUCAACACUCUCCUGACAUCCAGACAGUCACAGCUCAAUGAAUCAGUGGAGGUGGCGAAUUUCACCUAUCAGAAAAUCUCAGAAACCGCCUAUGCCAUCAUCAUUACGUUUAAACUGAAUAACAUCAGCAUGUCUGAAGUCCCUGAGCUCAGAAACAGCACUUAUGUGCAAGUGCAAGAUGUCAUCAAUAAUGCACUGAACACUCUUCUGAAUGAACCGACCAGUCUACCAUUGAGAGCCAAUUCAUCCAACUUUGUGAGCUCUUCAAACCAUAUUAACGGCAGUAUGGAAUACACCUUCCAGAAUGGAGAUGCUAUUCAACCAGUCAGCUUCCUAAAUGAGCUUCAUUCACAAAUGGUGAUCACUACAACAGUGUCUCCAGAAUCAACAACUGGGUCCUCUCUGGCUCCUCCAAAACUAAUAUCUGGUUCAGCAGUGGUCACAAGCAAGCUGCUGUUCAACUCCUCAUCUCCAGUCCCCAGUGAAACUCUUGUCCUCAGUGCUCUCAAAUCUCUCCUGACAUCCAGACAGUCACAGCUCAAUGAAUCAGUGGAGGUGGCGAAUUUCACCUAUCAGAAAAUCUCAGAAACCGCCUAUGCCAUCAUCAUUACGUUUAAACUGAGUAACAUCAGUAUGUCUGAAGUCCCUGAGCUCAGAAACAGCACUUAUGUGCAAGUGCAAGAUGUCAUCAAUAAUGCACUGAACACUCUUCUGAAUGAACCGACCAGUCUACCAUUGAGAGCCAAUUCAUCCAACUUUGUGAGCUCUUCAAACCAGAUUAACGGCAGUAUGGAAUACACCUUCCAGAAUGGAGAUGCCAUUCAACCAGUCAGCUUCCUAAAUGAGCUUCAUUCACAAUUGGCGAUCACUACAACAGUGUCUCCAGAAUCAACAACUGGGUCCUCUCUGGCUCCUCCAAAACUAAUAUCUGGUUCAGCAGUGGUCACAAGCAAGCUGCUGUUCAACUCCUCAUCUCCAGUCCCCAGUGAAACUCUGGUCCUCAGUGCUCUCAACACUCUCCUGACAUCCAGACAGUCACAGCUCAAUGAAUCAGUGGAGGUGGCGAAUUUCACCUAUCAGAAAAUCUCAGAAACCGCCUAUGCCAUCAUCAUUACGUUUAAACUGAGUAACAUCAGCAUGUCUGAAGUCCCUGAGCUCAGAAACAGCACUUAUGUGCAAGUGCAAGAUGUCAUCAAUAAUGCACUGAACACUCUUCUGAAUGAACCGACUAGUCUACCAUUGAGAGCCAAUUCUUCCAACUUUGUGAGCUCUUCAAACCAGAUUAACGGCAGUAUGGAAUACACCUUCCAGAAUGGAGAUGCCAUUCAACCAGUCAGCUUCCUAAAUGAGCUUCAUUCACUAUUGGUGAUCACUACAACAGUGUCUCCAGAAUCAACAACUGGGUCCUCUCUGGCUCCUCCAAAACUAAUAUCUGGUUCAGCAGUGGUCACAAGCAAGCUGCUGUUCAACUCCUCAUCUCCAGUCCCCAGUGAAACUCUUGUCCUCAAUGCUCUCAACACUCUCCUGACAUCCAGACAGUCACAGCUCAAUGAAUCAGUGGAGGUGGCGAAUUUCACCUAUCAGAAAAUCUCAGAAACCGCCUAUGCCAUCAUCAUUACGUUUAAACUGAGUAACAUCAGCAUGUCUGAAGUCCCUGAGCUCAGAAACAGCACUUAUGUGCAAGUGCAAGAUGUCAUCAAUAAUGCACUGAACACUCUUCUGAAUGAACCGACCAGUCUACCAUUGAGAGCCAAUUCAUCCAACUUUGUGAGCUCUUCAAACCAGAUUAACGGCAGUAUGGAAUACACCUUCCAGAAUGGAGAUGCCAUUCAACCAGUCAGCUUCCUAAAUGAGCUUCAUUCACAAAUGGCGAUCACUACAACAGUGUCUCCAGAAUCAACAACUGGGUCCUCUCUGGCUCCUCCAAAACUAAUAUCUGGUUCAGCAGUGGUCACAAGCAAGCUGCUGUUCAACUCCUCAUCUCCAGUCCCCAGUGAAACUCUUGUCCUCAGUGCUCUCAACACUCUCCUGUCAUCCAGACAGUCACAGCUCAAUGAAUCAGUGGAGGUGGCGAAUUUCACCUAUCAGAAAAUCUCAGAAACCGCCUAUGCCAUCAUCAUUACGUUUAAACUGAGUAACAUCAGCAUGUCUGAAGUCCCUGAGCUCAGAAACAGCACUUAUGUGCAAGUGCAAGAUGUCAUCAAUAAUGCACUGAACACUCUUCUGAAUGAACCGACCAGUCUACCAUUGAGAGCCAAUUCAUCCAACUUUGUGAGCUCUUCAAACCAGAUUAACGGCAGUAUGGAAUACACCUUCCAGAAUGGAGAUGCCAUUCAACCAGUCAGCUUCCUAAAUGAGCUUCAUUCACAAUUGGCAGUGAUCACUACAACAGUGUCUCCAGAAUCAACAACUGGGUCCUCUCUGGCUCCUCCAAAACUAAUAUCUGGUUCAGCAGUGGUCACAAGCAAGCUGCUGUUCAACUCCUCAUCUCCAGUCCCCAGUGAAACUCUUGUCCUCAGUGCUCUCAACACUCUCCUGUCAUCCAGACAGUCACAGCUCAAUGAAUCAGUGGAGGUGGCGAAUUUCACCUAUCAGAAAAUCUCAGAAACCGCCUAUGCCAUCAUCAUUACGUUUAAACUGAGUAACAUCAGCAUGUCUGAAGUCCCUGAGCUCAGAAACAGCACUUAUGUGCAAGUGCAAGAUGUCAUCAAUAAUGCACUGAACACUCUUCUGAAUGAACCGACCAGUCUACCAUUGAGAGCCAAUUCAUCCAACUUUGUGAGCUCUUCAAACCAGAUUAACGGCAGUAUGGAAUACACCUUCCAGAAUGGAGAUGCCAUUCAACCAGUCAGCUUCCUAAAUGAGCUUCAUUCACAAUUGGCGAUCACUACAACAGUGUCUCCAGAAUCAACAACUGGGUCCUCUCUGGCUCCUCCAAAACAAAUAUCUGGUUCAGCAGUGGUCACAAGCAAGCUGCUGUUCAACUCCUCAUCUUCAGUCCCCAGUGAAACUCUUGUCCUCAGUGCUCUCAACACUCUCCUGACAUCCAGACAGUCACAGCUCAAUGAAUCAGUGGAGGUGGCGAAUUUCACCUAUCAGAAAAUCUCAGAAACCGCCUAUGCCAUCAUCAUUACGUUUAAACUGAAUAACAUCAGCAUGUCUGAAGUCCCUGAGCUCAGAAACAGCACUUAUGUGCAAGUGCAAGAUGUCAUCAAUAAUGCACUGAACACUCUUCUGAAUGAACCGACCAGUCUACCAUUGAGAGCCAAUUCAUCCAACUUUGUGAGCUCUUCAAACCAGAUUAACGGCAGUAUGGAAUACACCUUCCAGAAUGGAGAUGCCAUUCAACCAGUCAGCUUCCUAAAUGAGCUUCAUUCACAAUUGGCAGUGAUCACUACAACAGUGUCUCCAGAAUCAACAACUGGGUCCUCUCUGGCUCCUCCAAAACUAAUAUUUGGUUCAGCAGUGGUCACAAGCAAGCUGCUGUUCAACUCCUCAUCUCCAGUCCCCAGUGAAACUCUGGUCCUCAGUGCUCUCAACACUCUCCUGUCAUCCAGACAGUCACAGCUCAAUGAAUCAGUGGAGGUGGCGAAUUUCACCUAUCAGAAAAUCUCAGAAACCGCCUAUGCCAUCAUCAUUACGUUUAAACUGAGUAACAUCAGCAUGUCUGAAGUCCCUGAGCUCAGAAACAGCACUUAUGUGCAAGUGCAAGAUGUCAUCAAUAAUGCACUGAACACUCUUCUGAAUGAACCGACCAGUCUACCAUUGAGAGCCAAUUCAUCCAACUUUGUGAGCUCUUCAAACCAUAUUAACGGCAGUAUGGAAUACACCUUCCAGAAUGGAGAUGCCAUUCAACCAGUCAGCUUCCUAAAGGAGCUUCAUUCACUAUUGGUGAUCACUACAACAGUGUCUCCAGAAUCAACAACUGGGUCCUCUCUGGCUCCUCCAAAACUAAUAUCUGGUUCAGCAGUGGUCACAAGCAAGCUGCUGUUCAACUCCUCAUCUCCAGUCCCCAGUGAAACUCUUGUCCUCAAUGCUAUCAUCACUCUCCUGACAUCCAGACAGUCACAGCUCAAUGAAUCAGUGGAGGUGGCGAAUUUCACCUAUCAGAAAAUCUCAGAAACCUCCUAUGCUGUCGUCUUUACGUUUAAACUGAGUAACAUCAGCAUGUCUGAAGACCCUGAGCUCAGAAACAGCACUUAUGUGCAAGUGCAAGAUGUCAUCAAUAAUGCACUGAACACUCUUCUGAAUGAACCGAGCAGUCUACCAUUGAGAGCCAAUUCAUCCAACUUUGUGAGCUCUUCAAACCAUAUUAAUGGCAGUAUGGAAUACACCUUCCAGAAUGGAGAUGCCAUUCAACCAGUCAGCUUCCUAAAUGAGCUUCAUUCAGUCCUAACAACAGCCAGCACCCUGACACCAAGCACAACUACUCCACGGACUUUGCUUGGCACAGUGAUUAUAUAUAUACGCCUUGUGUUCGUUGUACCUGGCCCCCUACCAAAUGAAAAGGAUAUUAUGCAGGUUGCCAACAAUCUGUUGUCCUCGCUUCCCGCAACUAAACUAAACACCAAAACAGAAGCCCUAAGUGAUCCUGUGAGCUUUGUAAAUGUCACAUAUAUGCAAAUUAAUGAAAGCGCCUAUGCUCUCAACUUCGGAUUUGCAAUCAGCAAUGUGACCAUGUCUGAGAAAAUUGAAUUCAGGCAGAACACCUACCUGUCAGUACAAAACUCCGUAAAUUUAUUGCUAAACAAGAUCCUAACUAAUUCCUCAGCUCCUGUAGUUAAUUUCCAACCAGGCGAUUUCACAGAAUUCAUGGGUAAUACCUCGACGAUUCAGGCAAAUGUUACGUAUGUUUUCUCAUUCAGUAAUAUCACGCAACCUAGUCCCUUUAUCCAGCUUCUUCUCCAGGUUAACCAAGCAGCGAGCAUUUCGACAACCGCAACUACCGUACAAAAACCUAUCAGUGACGUGAUUAUCAGGAUUCGCCUUGAGUUUGUCACACUGGGCCCAAAACCAAGUGAGAGUAAAGUUCUACGGCUAAUUAAUUCUCUGCUGGCCUCAAAUCUCACAACUAAACAAAUCACCAAAACAGCAGUAAUCCCAAAUGAGCCUGUGGUCAAGACAGGUGUCACCUAUUCGAGUAUUAAUGAGACUGCCUAUGCUCUCAACUUUGAAUUUGAAGUCAGUGGUUUAUCUGUGAAUGAUGCACAGAAGAAUCAAGCCUAUGAUGAAAUACAAAAAAAGAUAAAUAAUUUGGUGAAACAGAUCCUACAGAAUCCCACAGCAGCUUUUACAUUUAUUCCAGCCAAUUUCACCGAGUUGGCGAGUUCCAUGCUUGUCGCCAAUGUUUCCUACGUUUUCUCAGAACGUGACGGUGGAUUUGCAGCUUUUGGUAGCUUGGUCUCACAACUUUUCUUGACCUUUACCACACCUGCUCCCACCACCAUACCUCCACCAACCACAACCUCAAACAAUGGCACAAACGUAGCAUGGAUUGUGGCGAUCAUUGUCCCUGUGGCUAUUGUCAUCGGGCUUAUACCUUGCUGGAUUCUCCUUUGCUGUUUACUCUGUGGAUGCUGUGCAGCAGUCAGAAGACGUUGGCACAGAAGAAAGUCAUACAACGUACAGUACACCACUCGAAACAGCCUCUUCUAGAGAUAUUUAUAGAGCAAAAACAGGACUGAACACCAAUGAAAACAUAAAUAUAAUUCAUCUAAGCCUUGCAGGAUAUUAAAAUCCGCCUCCUUUGUAGUAAUGAAUGUACUUUAUUAAUGAUUAUUUUAUUUCAGCAAUUAUGUAUUUUUUGGGCCUGUAUUGCUAGACAAACAGGACCUCCAUAAAAUGUUUCUAAAUGUGAUUUCUUUCUCUGUAUUGUAUAAUGAAAUGUAUUGUUUUUAUUUAUUUAUAUUUAUUUAUAAUGUACCAUUUACCGUAUAAUGUCGUGCAAAUCGUGUCUUUUUAUGGGGUAUUUAUUGGAGAAAAAGGACAUUUUCAGUGGCUUAUUCAUACUCCAUGCACUUUAUAAAUGCAAAGCAAAUGUUCUGCAAGUCAUUGGCAUGGACAUAUUACUCUGCAAAAACUAAUAAAAAUACUACAUGUA